AUGGCAAACCCUCGAGUUUUUUUCGAGAUCGCCAUCGGCGGACGGCCUGCAGGCCGCGUGGAAUUUGAAUUGUUCAAGUCCAUUGUUCCUCGGACAGUGGAAAAUUUCCGAGCAUUGUGCACGGGUGAGAAGGGAGUAGGUGUGUCGGGCAAGCCUCUAUGGUACAAGAACUCUACGUUCCACAGGAUUAUUCCGUCAUUCAUGUGCCAAGGAGGCGACUUUACGAGAUUCAAUGGAACUGGCGGCGAAAGCAUCUACGGCCGUACUUUCGCCGACGAGAACUUCAAGCUGAAGCAUUCAGAACCUUUCCUACUGUCCAUGGCGAACGCUGGCCCAAACACGAACGGUUCCCAGUUUUUCAUCACUACGGUCCCCUGUCCGUGGCUUGACGGAAAGCAUACGGUGUUUGGGAAGGUCACGAGCGGACAAGACGUCGUAAGGAUGAUGGAGAGCCAAGGGACAUCGUCCGGCAACGUGAAACAGGCAGUGGUCAUCACAGAUUGCGGAGAGUCCAAAUGA